AGUUUGGCAUUGUAUUUGAUAAGAAGAUGAACAUGUCAAAUGAGAGGAGAUUAGAACAUUAAAGCUUGUGUAAGUACAUGUUGUGGUUCACCAAGUCUUCCAAGAUUUGUAGUGGUGACUUUUUUUGGCUAAGCUCAGUAAUUUUUUUUCUUUCAUCUGUGAAGGGUAGGAGUUACAUAAACUAAAUACGUGUCAAGAGACUUGAUUAAUAUGUGAAGUGUUUGCUUCUGUGGUACAGGCUGUAAGAAUGGUUGAAUGUUGGGAAGUGUUUCUCCCAUACCUGAUGAUCACACUCUUAUAGAAGUGUUUGACACUAUACUUUGCACAUGUAUAACUUUAAUUUAAAAAUCUAAUUUAUGGCAAUUAUAAGUAUAUUUAUGCAUUGUAAAUCUGAAGGAUUAAAUUCUCCUGUUGGAAAACAUAUUCUUAGAUGGAUAAAUAUACACACAAAAGCCAGAAAAUCUGUUUUUUUCCUAAGAGAGUCUUAAACUGCCAAGAAUAAUGUGAUAGACUAAGACAAAUAUAACAACAAAAAGGUAGAUAUGGUAAGAUGAAUAUGCGAUAAAAUAAAAACUACAAAGCGUUUAAGGGAAGAAGGAGAUAUUUUAUAAUAGUAAGAGGUACUAUUCCCCAAGAUAUGUAACUUAUGCAACUAUUAAAAUAUCUUCAUUAUAUGAAGCUAAAAUAUUUAAAGAAACACAAGAAAUCUAUAAAAUCACUGUGGAUUAAGAAAGCAAAAUUUGAAUAAUAUGAUAAAACAGAUUUAUAUAUUUCAAUUCUGUAAUGAGCAACAUUCUUUCAAAAUACUUCUGGAGUUUUCCAGGAAAUUGGCAAUGUGAAGAUGCACAAUGAACACUCAGAUUAAAGUCCGUAAUAACAAAAGCCAAAAUAGUAGAUUUGCCUGAAAAUUUAAGAUGACUUCUCAGUAAUCUCUUGAUUAUGGAGGUUACAGUUAUAACUACAAAUCAUUUAUAAGUGAAUAAGAGCCCUAUAUAACAAAAGUAGUGAGUGUUUUGCUAAAGUAGUACCCAAAGGAAAGUUUGAAAACAAGAAGUUUGAAAAUCAAGGCAGGGAAGGAUCAUAUAAGGAAAUAAUACACAGAAAACUAGAAAUAUAGAAAAAAGUAAGAAAUGGUCUUUGGAAACAUGUUAAAAUAAACCUGUAUUUGCCAAGUGUAAAAAAGUGACAGUAAGAAUACAGAAGUGACGGAGAAUAGUGUCUUUGUUUUAAUGUCCUUCAACUUCAGGUUUUUUCUUAAAGGUUAGGAAUUUUGAAUAAUCUCUGGAUCCAGCUGUCUCCUUUUUUCCCCUUGUGUGUGUGUGUGUGUGUGUGUGUGUGUGUGUGUGUGUGUGUGGGGUUUGAGAAGUUUCUUGUUUUACCUUUCACAUUACAUCUGGAACUGAUUUUGUAUUGUGGUAUAAAGUGUGUUUAUCUUUUUUUUUUUUUUUUUUUUGUUACCGGGAUCGAACUCAAAACAACGUACUUGCCAGGCAGGUGUGUAUGUUGCUGAGCUGAAUCUUUGGCCCACACAACCUUGUGUUUGCCAGCAUUACAGUGUUUCUGCCAGCUCUGUGCAAAAGACAAUUAUACCUGCGUGACAGAUGGCCUCUGCUUUGUCUCUAUCACAGAGACUACAGACAGAAUUAUACACAACACCAUGUGUAUAGCUGAAAUCGAUCUAAUUCCUCGAGAUAGACCAUUUGUAUGUGCACCCUCUUCAAAAACUGGGGCUGUUACCACAACACAUUGCUGCAAUCAGGACCAUUGCAAUAAAAUAGAACUCCCAACUACCGGCCCUUUUACAGAGAAGCAGUCAUCUGGCCUUGGUCCUGUGGAGCUGGCAGCUGUCAUUGCGGGGCCGGUCUGCUUCGUGUGCAUCUCCCUUAUGUUGAUGGUCUAUAUCUGCCACAACCGAACUGUCAUUCAUCACCGUGUGCCAAAUGAGGAGGACCCGUCCCUGGACCGCCCUUUUAUUUCAGAGGGCACCACAUUGAAAGAUCUGAUUUAUGACAUGACGACGUCGGGGUCUGGGUCAGGUUUGCCAUUGCUUGUUCAGAGGACAAUUGCAAGAACAAUUGUGUUACAAGAAAGCAUUGGCAAAGGGCGAUUCGGAGAAGUCUGGCGAGGAAAAUGGCGGGGAGAAGAAGUUGCUGUGAAGAUAUUCUCCUCUAGGGAAGAACGUUCGUGGUUUCGCGAGGCAGAGAUUUACCAGACUGUGAUGUUACGCCACGAAAACAUCCUGGGAUUUAUAGCAGCAGACAAUAAAGACAAUGGUACAUGGACACAACUCUGGUUGGUGUCGGAUUAUCAUGAGCACGGAUCCCUUUUUGAUUACUUGAAUAGAUACACAGUUACUGUGGAAGGAAUGAUUAAGCUUGCUCUGUCCACCGCGAGUGGUCUUGCCCAUCUUCAUAUGGAGAUAGUUGGUACCCAAGGAAAGCCAGCCAUUGCACAUAGAGAUUUGAAAUCAAAGAACAUCUUGGUGAAGAAGAAUGGGACCUGCUGUAUUGCAGACUUAGGGCUGGCAGUAAGACAUGAUUCAGCCACAGACACAAUCGACAUUGCUCCAAACCACCGAGUGGGGACGAAAAGGUACAUGGCCCCUGAAGUCCUAGAUGAUUCCAUAAAUAUGAAACAUUUUGAAUCCUUUAAACGUGCUGACAUCUAUGCAAUGGGCUUAGUAUUCUGGGAAAUAGCUCGUCGAUGCUCCAUUGGUGGAAUUCAUGAAGAUUACCAGCUGCCUUACUAUGAUCUUGUACCUUCUGAUCCAUCAGUUGAAGAAAUGAGAAAAGUGGUUUGUGAACAGAAGUUGAGGCCAAAUAUUCCAAACAGAUGGCAGAGCUGUGAAGCUCUGAGAGUGAUGGCUAAAAUCAUGAGAGAAUGUUGGUAUGCUAAUGGAGCGGCCAGGCUGACGGCUUUGCGGAUUAAGAAAACAUUGUCACAGCUCAGUCAACAGGAAGGCAUCAAAAUGAGUUUUGUGGUAUGCCAUUGAUAUUCCAUUUUGAAAAUGCCUUUCUCCUACCAAAAUGCGCUUAAACCACUAAAUAUGCUGUGGCAUAAGCCAGUUGUUACGUGGUCAUGUUGGAAUAUUCUCCUUCGAGCUUUUAGGGUUCAGUUGUGCUGUCUGAGUAUAUUUUAAAAAGGCAAGUGGCACUCUAGAUGCUUACAGUGCUUUAAUAAGUUAAUGUUCAUAGCAUACAGACUAAUUUUUCUAUAAGAGGAAAUUUGUCUAGCUGCUUGUGAAAAGUUGUGUGGUAUUCUGUAAGCCAUUUUUCUUUAUCUGAUCGACAGUGUUAUUUUUUUAGAAGUGAAUUACAUGUAAAGUAGAAUAUGGUCAAUGUUCAGUAACAGGCCUUUUGUUUAGAGAGGCAAAGGUAGUUAAUAAUUCAAAUAGAGAACAGAUUGUGUAACAGUCACACUUGUUAUGUAGGUAUACGUGUUCCGUGGGUUCUCUGUCUUUGUAAGGUUAACAGUGUGGUUCUGAGGUCUCAUUACACUUUGAGGAAGGCAGCUUUUAAUCCAGUCUUUCCUUAUCUCGUAUGUGCAGAUACUGCAACUGCCUAAUUAACAUGGUUGCAUAAUGAAUUCAGUGUACUUUGGGGAGCGGUGGGAGCUCGAGAGCAUUCUGUACAUAAGUUCUCUAUUUCCAAUUGUUUUCAGUCAGAUUAAAUGUGUAAGUAAACUUGUCACGGUCUGCUCACAUGAAGUUAAAGCUAUCUUAUGGUUACUGAGUUUUACUUAAAGAAUGUAAAGUAUGUAGGGCUUUCACAGUUUUCAAAGUCCUUUUUAUCACUGUGAUCUUAUCCUGAGAGGGAGAAACUAUCAUACCUGUGAGACAAGACUUUGACUUGGUAGUGCUGUCAGUGCCCUGAUAAAGGGUCAGAAUAACCUUUGCAGUAUUUUGGUCAGGAAGGCACUGUGGCCAUUUAUGCUGAAUGAGUUGCAUUCUGAUAACGUCUUAUAUCUUACACGUAGAAUAAAUUUGAAAGACUACUUGGUCUUAAAACCAAAGUAAUUCUAGAAUGACAUAUUACAUAGAAAUCUAGUAUCAACUUGUGUGUUUAAAAACAUGGGGAAAAUGUUCUUAGAGGCUAUUUUGACUACAAUUUUUGUUUUCUAUAGUUACCAUGAUUUCUUUGAAGCAAAUGUUUGAGGGUUUGUUUUUAUAGUUGUGUUAUAAUACCUGUUUGGUAAUCUCUAGUUCUAUAAUCAGGUACUUUGGGGGGCAUUUCUUAAGCCUACAAGAUCUGCUUUAUGAAAUCCAGGGGACCAAUGCAUUUUAUCACUAGAACUAUUUUUAUAUAAUUUUAAGAACAUACCAAAAGUUAUCUGAUUUGAAGUUGUAAUACAUGAUUUCUCACUUUCAUAUAAGGUAAUCCACUUUUGCUAAAGAUAAUCUGCGUUACAUCAGAGGUUGAGUUGCAGUUGUACUGUUCUUGCCUAAGUCAUAAAAUGUACUUUUUAUGAAUCAGGGAAUUUUAAGUUGGAAUAUAGUUCAAAAUUGAGUUUACAUAUUACUGCAUCUGAUUCCUAUUUUGGCUAGGGACAGCUUGAUGAACCCCAGUUUGCAACAUUGAAAGUGAAAACUAUUUAAAAGGUGAAAUAGUUCAUGAUUACUAUGGCCAUAACUAUAGAUAAAUUUGAGUAGAGUAAUAGUUUUUAUCACUUAGAAGCAUAGGCCUUUGUUUAUAUUGCCUAUCCUAACAUGCUUACAUUCAGAGAUAUAACAUGACUGAAACAUGUCCUCUGGCCAUCAUUCUGUCAGUACCCCAAAGCAGCGGGAACAGACAAGUAUGACAGCGGGGCAUAGCUCUUCCUGGCCCUUUUUUCCUUCAUGUCUUUAAACUUGCUUCUUCUGACCUAACUUCCUGCUGGCCCUGUCUCAGAAACCAUUGCCUCCUACCCAUAUUCCCAGCCUUUUGAAUGAAGAGUUGCUUGAGAGACCCCGGAAUAAAGUGGACAGUGGAAUUUAUGAAAAAUACUUCCAUUUCCUUGAAUAAUUGGUAUGUCAAGGAGGGGUCCCCAAGUCUGGAGGUGAGGUUUGGGAGGCUCCUGCUGGUUGCCCUGCUUUGGCCUAGCCAUAAACAAGAAAUAGAGUAGCAGGUGUGGCAGUGGAAGUUGUGCCAGAAGCAGUGGCCAGUUGUGUGCCCUCUGGACAGUCAGGCCUGAAUGCCGAGCCUGUAACUCUGCUGUAACAACAGUGCUUGAGAAGUGCCUUGAGUUGGUGUACAGUGCCACGGCCAUCAACAACUUCAGAUUGCAGUUCUUACUAUAAAUUUUAAGCGGUCACUCAACCAGUUUCAGUCUUGCUGAGCUACUUGUUUCCCUCUGUGUCUGAGGCCUGUCAGUGUAGACUAUACUCUAAGCAAAUGGCAGAGUGUGACUAACACACAAAAUCAGUAUUGUCUUAAACAUAUCAGACUUACCCCCACACACACACUGAAGGAAUGAUUGAUUGUAAAUCAUCUGUUUCUUUUGUUUCUUGUGACAGUGGCUCUAAGUGGUGGAGAUCCCAAAUAAUGGUUUUCUUACAGCUCAGCAGAAAAAUACUCAGUUAUUUUGGGAUCCUAAAGAUCAGCACUGGACAGGUGCUGCAGUCUGCUUUGGAAUGCUGGAAUACCGGCUCUUUCUAGGAAUGCUGGAUUCCUAGGGUGUUAGGAGUGUCUGUAUGUUAUUUUCACUCUCAUUAUGCAAUCUAAUUUGUAAAUGUUAGCUUUCUAAAAAAUAUGGUUAAUAACAUUCUGCCUGUUUCUUAAAACUUAGAACUUCAGUGUGUUUGUUUUUGUUUUGAAUAAGGUUUUUGUGAACUGAGCAUCAUAAACAUGUUUUGAUAACCCCUCUUUCACAGUGUGCCGAUGGAAUGGGGUGUUUGAUAUUUCUUUAUAUGUCAAGGAGAUGCUUCAAAAUAUCAAUUGCUUUAAACUUAAAUUACCUCUCAAGAGACCAAGGUACAUUUACCUCAUUGUGUAUAUAAUGUUUAAUAUUUGUCAGAGCAUUCUCCAGGUUUGCAGUUUUAUUUCUAUAAAGUAUGGGUAUUAUGUUGCUAAAUUACCCAAAUGGUACUGUACUGUUUAUAUUGUUCCCAAAAUAGCAUUAUCUGUACUUUUUGUUUUCUGUAUUUUAUUAUAUUUGUGCAAAAUUCUUUUGACUUUGUCAGUGUAAUCUCUGCCCUUUCGGAUAUGUACAGAAAAUGUCCAUAUAAAUUUUGACUUGUGUUGAUUGAUUUUGAGAAGCCUGUAAAAGGAGAAAAAACCUUAAAUUGCAUUUCCCCAUAAGUUUUUAAAAAUUGUAUAUUGUAUUUGUAGUAAUAUUCCAAAUGAACUGUAAAUAGGAAAUAGGAGAGUGAUGUUUAUGUUAAGUCCUAACACUACAGUAGAAAAAUGGAAGCAAUGCAAAUAAAUUACUUUUUUCCCAAA